AUGACAAAAAAGCUCAGCCCGUUAGAGAAACAGGCCCGCAGACCAGCAUCGCGUGCCUGUUCGUUCUGUCACUCCAAGCAUCUACAGUGUUCAAAUAACCGUCCAUGCAAGAAUUGUGUCAAGCGUAACAUUGCUGAUCAAUGUCGUGAUGUGGAAAGAAAACGUGCCAAUUACAUGACAUUAGCAGCUAAGAACAAGCAAGGAUCACCCAAUACCGUGCUGCUAGAAUCCUCCUCGUCGCCCUUUCUGCCUCUUCACAAGGGCCAUAUAAAUUCGCAAUCACUGCAACCAUUGGACCCUUCAUCAGGUCGGGUGAAUACGGACUUUUUUCUGCAGCUGGAAACAACGGUUCCUCUGCCGUGGCCAAUGGAUUUGGAACUGAAAGAAAGAACAAAUGCUAUUCUAAACACCACCGAUGAUGUCCUCAACAAAAUAUUGUACGAUGAGCAGGCCUCUAAGGUACCUUCGGCGCAGGCACUGGAGAUGACUCCUUCCAACUCUUCAAUUGAUGGAGUCUUCAACUCAAAUUAUCUCAACCAGGAGUACUUAAUGUUGGGAGACAUAAUUCUCAAUUCGAAACCAGCAUCUCCAACUCCCUCUUCCACCUCUGAGUACCAAACUAUACCGCCCAAUGAAAUGAUGGGGACUGUGGAUUACAACGAGGUGUAUCGAGACACCAAAUCUAAAAAAUUAAAGGAAUCUCGACCUUUCAUUUCGCUUGGUUUCUCAAAUCCUCCCGACUUGGAUAAUCGAAAGCUACCAGGUGAGAUCAAUAUAGCCAAUGAGAUCAUGGAUCCUUCGAAGAGAGCACAGGUCACAACCACAAAUGACUAUGUUUCUCCGCUAGUCACACGCCAUAUCUACCAGCUGGUGCAAGACAUUUAUGCUAACAAGAUCAUCAACUAUGAAUAUCCAACAUCAUAUCAUGCGCUCACAUUCUUCCUCAAAAAGCGAUUUCUGGGCACGUCGCUUCCACCAGAGCAAAAGCAACAGAAGCGAAAUAAUCUAUUGAUUAUUCUCAAAUUAAUCGCAAGUUAUAGACCCACCUUCAUAUCGGCUCACAAGUCUCUACUCAAGCCGUACGACUUGAUGUUUUUGGAGAUGACAUUCCAGCGCUCCUUGAUAGACUAUGAGAAACUUCUGCAUCUCAAUUCGCUGCCCACAAUCAUAUGGAGACGUACAGGAGAAAUUGUAUCAAUCUCGGACGAGAUUCUCAGCUUGCUCGGGUACUCGUUGAACAGUAUACUCUCCAAGAGGACGUUUAUUAUGGAAUUGAUGUAUGAUGACGAGUCCAUCAUAAAUUACUUCAAGCUCUUCAAGUCGGUGGCAGUAGGUAAUCUUCACCUGAGUAUCAUUACAAGGUGCAAAUUAAUGAAAAAUCCUGAUCGCGAUAGGUCUACCAGAGCAUCUACGACGGGCACUGAACAGCAACUCACGGAGGCUGAUUAUAUAGAGUUCUGUGCGGUAUGGACAGUUAAAAGAGACUUGUUUGACCUUCCGAUGCUAAUAAUGGGUCAGUUCUUGCCUGUGUUACCUGCAGGUGACGGGGUGAGGAGAUAUUGA